AUGAUGGUACCAUAUCCUCUUCGGAAGUCGGUUACCACAAUCCGGAACUCCUCUCUAUUCGCAGUUCUUCUGUCUACCGCGGCAGCGUCUAUUCCCGUCCAGCUCCUAAGGUUACCAAUCCAGGCGGGUCCGAACAUAAAACCAAUACACUGUACGGGAUCGGCUAAGUGCAUACCAAUAUCAUUCGACCAGGAUACACCCAGACAGACAUCAAGAACUACAAAAUUGACUACAACAAACUCGCAAACGUCGACGUCGACGACCAGAAAUGGUGGAUCGAAUAACCCGCCUUCUACAACUCGAAUAAUUCAACAAAUAACGGUGGGUCGAAUAACUCGCCUACUACAGACUCGAAUAGUUCAACAAAUAAUGGUGGGUCCAAUAAUCCUACGACAAAAGCAACAGAAAGGACGGAAACUGAUGGAAAAUUCACGAUUAAGUGUAGAGGAGCGGCCAAGUGUAUUCCUAUAGUUUUUUAGAUCUGCCGGCAUAGACAAUGUGCCAAUCGUUUUUGCUCCGUAGCGUAAUGUAGUCACCUGUUUGAUCAUUCUUCCAUUGCCACGGAGAGUAAGUG